CUCAAAUACAUAACCAGGGAAAAAAAAUCAGAUUGAGGUAUUUGAUUAAAUUAAAUACUUCCAAUCAUGAAAUGACAUUGCAUGUAAUUCAAAAUACAUGCAAGAAUUCAUGACUGGAAUGGAUUGUAGAAUAUUGAUUGCAUCCCAAGAAGAAAGGAAUUGAUUUUCUAUAUAAACGAAUUGAGCCUUUGUAGUUGGAUAAUUAUCUCAUCAUCUCUUCAACUUCAACAAUGUCUCUUUCCCAUUUCCUACUUUUAGUCAUCUUCUUCAAUCUCUCUCUCCUCUGCGUCCAAUGCAACCCUGAUUACAGAGAUGCCCUCGCUAAAUCCAUCAUCUUCUUCCAAGGCCAGAGGUCCGGCCACCUCCCGCCCCAGGAUAUCAGCUGGAGAGGCAGCUCCGGCCUCUCUGACGGCAGCCUCGCCGGCGUGGACUUGACGGGAGGGUACUACGACGCGGGCGACAACGUGAAGUUCAACCUGCCAAUGGCGUACACCACGACAUUGCUGUCGUGGAGCGUCAUUGAAAACAGCCGGAAGCUGGGCCCCCAGCUUCCGGCCACACGGGAGGCCAUCCGGUGGGCCACCGACUACCUCCUCAAGUGCGCCCGCGCGACGCCGGAGCGGCUCUACGUCGGCGUUGGAGACCCCAAUGCCGACCACAAGUGUUGGGAGAGGCCCGAGGAUAUGGACACGGCGAGAACCGCCUACUACGUCACGCCGACUAGUCCGGGCUCUGACGUCGCCGGAGAGACCGCAGCGGCGCUGGCAGCGGCUUCGAUUGUGUUCAAGAAAGUGGACGAGAGCUACUCGAAGCUGCUGCUGUCGACUGCCAAAGAUGUGUUGCAAUUUGCAAUGCAGCAUAGAGGCUCUUAUAGUGACUUCCUUGGCUCCAAUGUUUGCCCCUUUUAUUGCUCCUAUUCCGGCUACACGGAUGAAUUGCUUUGGGGAGCCGGGUGGGUGUACAAGGCGACCAACGAGACAUAUUACGUUGAUCUUCUGAAAUCGGUGGGCGGGGGAGAAGGCAUCGACAUUUUCAGCUGGGACAACAAGUAUGCUGGAGCUCAUGUGCUCCUAGCAAAGAAGAGUUUAGUGAAUAAUGAUGAGACAUUUGGGGAAUAUAGGCAGAAAGCAGAGGAUUUCAUGUGUAAAAUACUGCCUGAUUCCCCUUCCUCCACCACAAAGUACACUGCAGGUGGUUUGAUGUACAAGAUGGGGGCUAGCAAUCUACAAUAUGUGACAUCCAUAACUUUCUUGCUCACAACUUACUCCAAGUACAUGGCUAAGGCUAAUUACCACACCUUCACUUGUGGGAAGCUUGUCGUCACUCCCGAAACCCUACGAAAUCUGGCUAGGAGACAGGUGGACUACAUAUUAGGAGAUAAUCCAAUGAAGAUGUCUUACAUGGUGGGGUACGGGACGAAUUAUCCCAAGAGGAUUCAUCACAGAGGAUCUUCACUGCCCUCGGUCGCGGUUCACUCUGAGGAGAUUGGGUGUGAGGGUGGGUUUCAACCUUACUACUAUGGUUCGAAUCCAAAUCCGAAUACAUUGAUAGGUGCGGUCGUUGGUGGGCCCGACCAGAAUGAUUUCUUCCCGGAUGAAAGAGGAGAUUAUACUCACUCUGAGCCUACUACAUAUACCAAUGCUGCAUUAGUUGGGCCCUUGGCAUCCUUUGCCGGGAAAUCUUGA